AUGGCCGGAGCUAAAAAAUCCACGAAGAAGUUCGAGAAGAAGCACCUUGGUGAUGUUCUCGAACGACGCAGAGCGAACCAGAAGGUGAAGCAGCGACACCACAUGAACGACAAGCGCAAGGAAAAGAAUGCUGCGAAACAACAGGCCGAAGGCGAGAAGGCAGAGAAGAGCCCCGAGGAAUUGAAGAAGCAAAAUGCAUUCGCUGAGAUGAAUGUCGACGAUUUCUUCGCGGGUGGCUUCGAUAUUCCCGAGGAGACCACGAAAGGAAAGAAAGCCAGCAAGAAGGACACCACCCCCAAGAUCGGCAAGCGCAAGCGUACAGAGGAUAAGGCACAAGAGGGCGAAACCUCUGAUGCCGAGGGUGACGAUGAUGCCAGCGACGUUGAUGCCUACGACGAGCACAAGGAUCAAUUGGAGUCAUUGAAGCAAAAGGAUCCCGAGUUCUACAAGUACCUGAAGGAGAACGAUGCCGAACUCCUGGACUUCGGCGAACAAGGUGACCUCUCAGAAGUCGACGCCCUGAGUGAAAGCGAAGCACCCGAGGACGAUGAGCCCGCCAAGAAGAAAAAGAAGAAGUCCAAGAAGGCUGAGGAGCAAGAGGAGGAGACCGCCGCCGACGACACCCUGACGAUCCCCAUGGUCAAGAAAUGGCAGGCGUUGAUGGAGGAGCAGAACUCGAUCCGCGCUAUGCGCCAGGUUGUGCUCGCUUUCCGUGCGGCCGCCUAUGUCAACGACCCCGACGCCCCCGACCAGAAAUACACCAUCUCCGACAAGAACGUGUACCACCAGGUCCUUGUCACGGCACUCACCUAUGUUCCCAAGGUCCUGGCCCACCACCUUCCUGUCAAGGAGAGCGCAUCUGGAAAGAUCAGAGUUUCAUUGGACUCAAAGAAAUUCAAGACACUUACACCUUUGAUCAAAUCGCACACCUCUUCGGUUCACCAGCUCUUGAUCAACCUGACCGAUGCCUCAACACUUAAGAUGACUCUCGCGUCAAUUGAGCCCAUGCUGCCCUAUCUCCUCCAGUUCCGCAAGGUGCUGAAGACCCUCGUCAAGAUUGUUGUCGGAAUCUGGGCUGAUGUUGCCACCGCCGACGCAACCCGUAUCACUGGGUUCUUGCUCCUGCGCCGCCUCAUGGUUCUCGGAGAUGCCGGAAUUAAGGAAACUGUCCUCAAGGCCACUUACGAGGGUGUCGUCAAGGGAAGCCGCAACAUCACUGUGCACACGCUCGCAGGUGUCAACCUGAUGAAGAACUCCGCUGCCGAGAUCUGGGGCAUUGACCAAAACGUCGCAUACACCGCAGGUUUCUCUUUCAUCCGCCAGCUGGCAAUGCACUUGCGCAAGAGCAUCACCAACACCACUAAAGAUUCUUACAAGACUAUCUACAACUGGCAGUAUGUGCACUCGCUGGACUUCUGGUCCCGAGUUCUCUCACAGCACUGCGAUGGUCUCGUGGAAGCCCAAGCCGGCAAGGAAUCUGCCCUGCGUCCCCUUAUCUACCCUGUCGUGCAGAUCACUCUGGGUGCUAUGCGCCUCAUCCCAACUGCCACCUACUUCCCCUUGCGCUUCCAGUUGACGCGCUCCCUGCUCCGUAUCUCCCGUGCUACCGGCACCUACAUUCCGCUCUCAUCCUCCCUCCUCGAGGUCCUGACCUCCGCAGAGAUGCGCAAGCACCCCAAGUCCAGCACCCUCCGCCCCCUGGACUUCAACACAUCUAUCCGUGCGCCGAAAUCGUACAUGCGUUCGCGCACCUACCAGGACGGUGUUGGUGAGCAAGUCGCCGAGCUCCUCUCUGAGUUCUUCGUCCUGUGGUCCAAGCACAUUGCGUUCCCGGAACUGUCCGUUCCUGUCGUUGUCUCUCUCAAGCGCUGGCUGAAGCAGGUCUCUGCCCGCAGCGGUGGAAACAAGAACGCCAAGAUCAACCAGAUGAUCCUCCUGCUUGUGCAGAAGGUUGAGGCUAAUGCCCGCUGGAUCGAAGAGCGCCGCUUGAAUGUCUCUUACGCUCCUCGUCACCGUUCUGAGGUUGAGUCUUUCCUCAAGGACGUUGACUGGGAGACCACACCUGUUGGUGCCUUUGUCAAGACACAACGUAAACUUCGCGAGGAGCGUGCUGCUGUUCUUGAAGAGGGUCGCAUCGAGGAAGAGAAGCGGAGAGCCGAGGCCAAGAAGAAUGGUGUUGAGGAUGAGGGCAAGGGUGGUGGUGAGUUCGGUGGUGACGAAAGCAGCUCAGGCGAAGAAGAAAUUGAGAGCGAAGAGGAGAUUGAGGAAGAAGAUGAAGAAGAGGACGAGGAUGAAGACGAGAUGGAGAUGGAGUAG